CUUCACGAUCAUGUGAUAUAUGUUUACCAGAAUUUCAAAUUCUUUCUCUUUCAUCACCGCCGCCGUCCUUCUUUCAACCUCUCACUCAUCCAGAGACUUGCUUCUCAAUGUCAACUCACGAAGAACCAAUUCAAGGACAAUUACCUGCAAUUGUAGACUGCGACCUGCUUGAGGCUGCCAAGGAGAAUGUCCAGCCUCUUGCCACUGGCCGUCGAGUAACAGCGCUGUCGUCGAUAUUGUCCACCCCACACGCACACAGAGAAUCGAAGCUCUCGGCAACCAGAAACAGACUCCGGAUCAAUGUCGAAAUUGCUAUGGAAGAUGAAGAUGACGAUCCUUUGGAGGCCUAUUGCAGACUGGUUUAUUGGACAGUUGAGAACUAUCCCCAAGGCCAUAAUGCGGAGUCUGGCCUUCUGGAGCUUCUCGAAGAGGCAACGAGGGUUCUCAAAGAUAAUAGGGAUGGGAGAUGGAGGGGCGAAAUGCGCUAUCUCAAGCUGUGGCUGCUCUACGCGAGCUACGUCGAGAGACCCACCAUCAUUUAUCGUUUUCUGAUCGCAAACGAUAUUGGAAUCGAUUUCUCUUUGCUGUAUGAAGAGUAUGCUGCGGUCUUGGAGCGCGAUGGAAGGAGGAAAGAAGCAGACGAUAUUUACAGACUGGGGAUUGCGAGACGAGCGUCGCCACUGGAUCACCUCAAGGCCAGACACGUUGAUUUCGAAAAACGGAUGAUGUGCGCGUCACCCAUUGUAGUCCCCGAGACGGCUUCUUCGUUACCCUCUCGCCGGCCAGCUCUGGCUGCUACUGUAGACCGUACAGGCCCCGUCGUCGCCAGACCCAUGGCUCAAUUGCAUUCUACCAAUGCUUCCACAUCCAACGCCCCUCUCCAGGUCUUCGUAGACCCAACAGGCUCAGAAUCUCGGCCAUCGCUAAUGGAACAGAACGCGUGGCCAGAUAUUGGUACACGUAAAACCAGGAUCAAGGAGAAUAUUCCGCAGACCAAGGAGAUGGUGGGCUCGACUGUUAAACAGUCCAAGAGGAUAGUAUCUUCGUCAGGUCCUCGUAUCGUUCCAUUCGUGGACCCUGCCGAGAGCGCGGCUACACCUGCAUCGAAGAAACGACACGCUUCGCAGAGCCAUAUUGUGCCCUUUGUUGAUGACUCAAAAGAAGCUAAGGAGGACGUUCCACCGACUCCCAAGUUUACACCUUUUAGAGACGAGGAUGCGUCCGUGACGUCGCCUACAGUUCCGGCCGAGUCUGUCAUGCAGAUUAAGACGCCGGCUUCAGCUUCGACUGCUAAUUCUGAAGCGGAGGCAUUGAGGAAAGAUCCCUUGAAGAACUACGGGGAUCAUGGCAUUGGUUUUGAUGAUCCCUAG